GUUAUUGUGAGUGUAAGCAAAACCAAAGAUGUCGGAGUCGCCGACUCGGUGUGCGGACGACUCCGAUUCGGACCCGCGGGACUCACUCAAUAGUCUCCUCCAAAACUCCGAAGCCGGCAAAACUGAGUGUUCAGCACAGUGCGAGCCAGAGAAGCGGAGAGCGUAUUGCUGCAAUUCCGUAGCGCAGUGUGUAUGGGGAGUCCUGCUGCUGAUCAUGUCAAUAGGAGGUCUCCUGUACACGCCCCUAGACCUGAUGCUGUGGGAGAAGCUUAACAUGAGGCCAGGCUUCCCCCCCUACGAAUGGUGGGCAGACCCUCCGGACGAGGUGAAACUGCGGGCCUACGUGUUCAACGUGACCAACCACGACCGGUACGUGCGGGGGUUGGACGACAAACUCAACGUGCAAGAGUUGGGACCCGUCGUUUACUUAGAGAAACUCCUCCACUCAAACAUUCGCUUCAACGAAAACAACACGCUCACCUACACAGCGAAGCGGUUCGCCAUCUUCUUGCCCGAUGAGAACGACAUAGAUUUAAACGCUACUAUCAUCGUGCCCAAUCUAGCGCUACUGGGCAUCUCCUCCUACCUCUCCACCGCGCCGUACAUCGCGAAGCUCCUCUUCCGCGGCAUCGCGUACCAGAGCGACUUCUUCCUGAAGAAGACCAUCUACGAGUACCUGUGGGAGUACCGGGAGCCGAUACUGGACACUUCCAAGAGUAUAGCGCCGGGGCUGGUGCCGGUUAACAACAUGGGGAUGCUGGCUAGGAUCUAUGCAGACUUCACAGACGAGGUGACAGUAAAGAUAGGCCCUCAAUGGGGCCAUGGGCACUUCUUCCAGAUCGACCGGUUCCACGGCGAGCCGCAGUUGCCAGGUUACGACCCUCAGGAAUGUCCCGACCGCAUCACCGGCUCGACAGAGGGCGUGAUGUACCAACAACACAUCACCACGAAAGACGUACUUCUCUACUGGAGGAAGACAGUCUGCAAACUUAUGCCUCUCUAUUUUGACAGUGAACUAACCGUAGACAACGUGUCUGUAUACCGCUUCAACCUAUCCGAGAGCGUGUUCGAACGGACCAAUGGAACCGACUGCUACAACACAGAACCGCCGCUGUCACCUGGGCUGAGUGACGCCAGCAAAUGCUACUUCAAUUUCCCGAUGGUGGUAUCCUUCCCCCAUUUCUACACUGGCGGCCUACCGACGGACCAUUACGUGACGGGCCUGCGGCCAGACAGAUACAAGCAUAAUUCUUACGCCAUUGUUGAGCCUUUAACUGGAACUCCAUUUCGCUCCGUAGCUCGCAUGCAGAGCAAUCUGCACUUGAAAGACCUUUCUGGUUUUACUGAGGACUACAACAAGUUCUCCAACCUGAUAAUACCUCUGUUCUGGGCCGAAUAUAAUCAAGAAGGCUUACCAAAGCGAAUUCAGGGCACAAUAUUUUUUAUGACGGUUAUUCUACCUCCUUUAACAACUGUAGUUUUAACAGCAACUUUAUUAUUAGCAUGUUUUAUUAUAUUUAGACAAAUUUACAUUCACAACUUUAAGAACGAUAGUUUGAACUCUGUAUUGCAACUUCAAUAUAACCAAAAUAAGGUUAUAGCUAGUACGAAAUGGUUUGCCAAUGAAAAAGAAGUUUUCCUGAAGCCUUCUAGCUGAAUAAAGCCUCUUACAUAGUUCUAUUUUGAUUAUAAUAAUACAUUUGAAAAGUGUCAUUAGUGUUAACACAAAAAUUGUUCAACGAGUAAAGACUGAAAACCAUACUCGCAUUUACAAUAUUAUCGCAUAAAUCAUGCGCCGUUAUUAUUUUCUAUGACCAUAAUUACUUCAUUUUAUAAAUAUAUAU